CAUUCAUAUUUCAAAAAGUUUUUUAGUGUCAGUAUCACUUUAAGGUAGCCAUAGACGCAUCUGUCGGAGGAAAGAUCAUAAUUGUAUAUUGCCACCUUUAUGUCAGGGCACACACUUGAGCAGAUUAGUCGCCCAGUGACAUCUCUUCGGGGCAACUAAUCUCCCUGAACUUUAUCAAAAUAGAAUCAUAAACAAUAGAAGGUAAAGAUAAUGCAAUAAAUCCCUCAGGUCUCAAGGUAAAGAACUCACCGGUUUAGAGAAGUGGUCAAGGUGCACCGCCCUGAACCUUCAGCUGAGGAAGUGCAUAACCAUAUAGAAAAAUUGAGCAGGAACUUCCAAGGACCAUUCUUCCAGGAAGACUUUUCUGUUAAAAGGUACUUUAUUUAUUCUAGUGCACUAGGAUGCAACCUAAUGUGGAUACUUAAUUAUAGGCUCACUUAAUUAUAGGCUAUGAUUUAGUACCCUAUCAAUAUGAAACACGUUAGGUUGUAUCCUAGUGCACUAGAAUAAAUAAAGUACCUUUAGCUGAAAAGUCUGCCUAUAAAUACUAGGGGAGGGUGCUGAGGGUACACAGGAGGCCUCUAAGGAAGUGUAUGGUAUACAAAAAAACACAUUAGGUUGGGGUCAGGAAUCCUACAUGUAGUUUGGAGUUUUAAAUCUGUAUUGAAUUUAUUACAAUUCUUAUCCGUGCACUUUGUUUCUUGUGCUGCCUGGAGUGACUAGCUGUGAGCAUUAGGACCCUGCAGGCACCUGGUGGAACGUCAGGCUCAGUUGCCUUGGUGACGGACACUCUUUCCAUCCAUAAACACUGUCAGGGCGAGAUGGCGGAGGAGCAGCAAGUGGUGUGAGUGGAGAAACCAGCUGUGAGCAUUAGGACCCCGCAGACACCUGGUGGCCAAUCACGUGGGUGGAAGGAAGGCAAGCUGAAUCGGUGCACUUGUAUUUUCCACUGACACAUAAAUGCAUCUUGUUUCUACUCGAGUCUCCUUGCUCAGCGCACAGAGUGGAAGGUGCUUAGGCUAAGUUGCCUUGGUGACGGACACACUUAACGACUGUAAAGACAGUCAGGGCGAGAUGGCGGAGGAGCUGCAAGUAGUGGGCCCUCAAGAAUCUGGUUUGAGAAAAUCCCGUGUCAAGAAAGUACCGGAGCUUCCCAUCCUAGAGAGACGCAACUGGUUGAUCCAUUUACACUAUGUAAGAAAAGAUUAUGACUCAUGUAAGGUGGCGAUUAAGGAGCAGCUGCAGGCCACUCAGGGAGUAUGUGAAUAUGCAAUAUAUGUGCAAGCAUUAAUCCUCAGACUGGAAGGAAAAAUUCAGGAGUCCCUAGAGCUUUUUCAGACAUGCGCAGUCCUGAAUCCAACCAGCUCCGAUAACCUGAAACAAGUUGCUCGAUCUUUGUUUUUAUUGGGAAAACAUAAAGCGGCUGUUGAGGUUUACAAUGAAGCAGCGAGACUUAAUCAAAAGGAUUGGGAGAUAUGUCACAAUCUUGGAGUCUGCUACCUUUUUCUGAAAGAUCUGAGCAAGAGUAAGGAACAGCUAACUUUGGCACUGCAAUUGCACAGACAAGAUCUCAGCGCUAUCACUCUUGGAAGGAUACAGCUUCAAGAGGGAGAUGUAGAAGGUGCUAUUAAAACCUUCAUGCAAGCUCUUCAGCUGUCUCCAGAAAACACUGAACUAUUAACAACACUGGGAUUGCUGUACCUGCAGAAUGGUUUGUUCCAGAAAGCAUUUGAAUACCUUGGAAAUGCUCUCACAUAUGAUCCUAGUAAUUACAAGGGCAUCUUAGCAGCAGGCUGUAUGAUGCAGUCCCACGGAGAUUAUGAUGUAGCCCUCAGCAAGUACAGAGUUGCAGCAUCCAGUGUCCCUGAAAGCUCCCCUUUGUGGAAUAACAUUGGCAUGUGUUUUUAUGGGAAAAAGAAGUAUGUGGCUGCUAUUAGUUGUCUUAAGCGUGCACUUUAUCUCUCCCCAUUUGACUGGAGAGUUCUCUAUAAUCUGGGUCUAGUCCAUCUCAGCAUGCAACAGUAUGCCUCGGCUUUCCACUUCCUAAGUGCAGCCAUCUCUCUUCACCAUGGCAAUGCUGGCCUAUACAUGCUGCUGGCGGUGGCACUCACAUAUCUGGAUGAUAUUGAAAAUGCCAAGAGCUCAUAUCAGCAGGCAGCAAAUCUUGAUCAGACAGAUCCCUUGGUGAAUCUGAAUUUUGCAGUCCUGCUGUACAACCAAGGAGACAAGAAAGGAGCUUUGAAUCAAUACCAGGAGCUUGAGCGCAAAGUCACUUCUCUCAGAGAGACUGCCACGGAGUUUGACGCUGAGAUGGUGGACAUGGCUCAGAAGUUGGGUGCUGCUCUGCAGGUUGGGGAGAGCCUAGUAUGGACUAGGCAAACCAAAGACUCAAAAGGGAAACCGAGAGGAGCAGGAAAAGGCCAUGAGGCUGAGCAGGCUCCAUUGGGGUCUAAUCAGGCUCUGGGAAGAGCAAUGUCCUCAGCAGCUGGAUAUAGCAAGGCUGGUGGCCUAUCUUCAGGAACAAGCGCCACUACAGUCUCCAAACAUCCCUCUCUGCCACUUGAGCCAGAAGAUCCAUCACAUACGAGAACUGCUGCUCCAGACUACAGGAGAGGUCACAGCUAACUACCUGUCUGAUAUAUAAUGCCAAGGCUGAACUUGGAAUAUUUAUUCAUGCUGGUGAAAACAUAUUGAAACCUGAGCACGGAUUUGUCAGCUGAAUAUAAAACCUAGUUGGGCAGCGGAUUUAUGUCAGGAGAACUAGCAAUAAGUACAGACGCUGCAUAACUUUAAUAGAACUGGAACCUUCUGGGCUGGAUGAGAAGACUAAGUGAGUAGAAAGUAUUCAGUGUCAGACUCUUUUCAUUGUACUUUGCGUUUUUGGUGGCUCUACAUAUUUCACCAUGGGGUUUGUUUGGACUAUUUAUAACCUUAAAACCUUGCAACUGAACUGAAAACAUUAACAGAAAACCAGUGGUAAAUUGCUAAUAAAAUGUUUUAUCUGCACCUA